AUGGAAAAGCAACCUCACGGUCCGCAAGCCAGCACAUACGGUCAGGCUUGCGUACAAUGUUACAAGGCGAAAAGUCGCUGUGUGGCCCGACCAGGCGGCGGUUGCGAGAGGUGUUUCCGGCUCAAAAGACAAUGUCAGGCAUCAGAGUCCCAGCGAAAACGUGGCCAGCAAACCCGCGAAAUGGGGGCGCAGAUUGCGCAGCUGGAGAACAAAAUCGAGGCACUUACAUCAAUGCUGAACUCAGUCGUCAGGGCCACGGGAGUGUCGGUUGAUCCAUCUUCAUCAACACUUGGCGGGUAUCUGGGGACUAUCAAUCCAGAUGGAGGGACUAUUCCUGGGCUAACACCCACGAGUAAUAUCAGCCCGUUAUCUUUCCCAUCAAACCAGAGCUCUUUUCAGACAGAGGAACAUUCGCAUUCGUCUUCGCCUCCGCUAUAUGAGCCCUCAGACAGCGAGGCGGACCAUUAUUUCCAAGUCUUCCAGAACCAGAUGUUACCACUUUUCCCAUUCAUUCAUAUUCCUUCUACCAUGACGACGAGCCAGCUUCGGCAGAACAGACCUCUCUUGUUCCGAGCUAUUGUUGCUGUAGCUACAUCUUCAACAGAGCUUAAGUUGAGCCGCAUCGAUGGGUUAAGGUUCAUCUGGGCCAAGUCAGCUUUGACUCAAGACGAAUCAACUAUCGACACCCUGCUGAGUAUCUUGACGUACAUCACUUGGAGCAUUGAUCCAUUCAUUAAGCGCACAAGCAAUCUAUCACGUAUGAUGAUGUUGGCCAUCUCCCUGGUGUAUGAUUUGCAGAAGGCCAGGCCUCCUCCACCAGAGGUACAUGUGGUAGCGAAAAUGGCACCGGGGCUUGGUAUUACUGACGGUGAAGCAGCCGAGCCGCUGAGCAAAAUCUUUUACCUGGAGCAACAACGAGCUAUUUUGGCCUGCUUCGUCCUAAGCUGCUAUAUCUCCUCAUACUUUCGAAGAAUAGAUCCUAUGCGGUGGACUUCACAAAUGGAGGAAGGGCUGCGUGCCAUUAGUGACAAUGAUGAACGCUCCUCAUCUGAUGAAGCUUUCGUUUUCCAGGUCCGGAUUCAACUGCUGGCGCAAAAAAUCGCUGAGGUUCGGGGGCAUAAUAAUGCCAACUCGAUAGCGUCGCCGAAUCCUCCAUCGAUAUACAUCAAAUAUCUCCAGGGCCAGCUAGAUCAACUGAGAGCUUCGCGGUCUCCAAAUCUACCACACAUGGAUAUGCUCAGUGCAUCAUCGCACUAUGUCGAGCUUUGCAUUAAUGAGACAGUUCGCCAAGCUACGUCAAACGAGCCUCUGCUCCCCGCAUCAAUGUCUGCCAAUGUUGGGAGCAAUGUGCCUGGAUUUGAACCCGUCGAGUGCCUGUGGCGAAGCCUCUACGCCGCCAAGGCUUGGCUGGACUGCUUCCAUACUGUCUCGCCUUCUCUGUACAUAGGUUUUCCCUUCUUUUAUUGGUUUCAACUUGUGCGCUGCCUUGUUAUCUUGAAACACUUGUCUGUUUUUGAGGACCCUGCCUGGGAUCGAGUAGCGGUGUACAGAACAAUCGACCUCCUAGCGGUAUUGGAAUGGAUGGCUGCAAAGUCCGACCAGGCGAGCAAGGCAGCGAACGAACAGUCCGACAAUGAUAUGUUCCGGCAGGUCUCCAAGUGCCUACGCCUGAGCCAGAUGUGGGUGACUGCAAAGCGGGAUGCGGCCUCAGCGGCACAAGGGCCAGCUUCGCUCCCUUGCGGUGAGGCUCAGUUGACCGACUUUGACCAGGCUCCGUGGAUGGACGAGUUGGAAAUGGGAAAUGAAUCGUGGAUAGAGGAGUUUUUCGAUUGGUCUCCGGGGACGCUGUAG